AUGGUGCUAACUAUGAACUGUGUUUGUUUCACAGCCCUUGGUAAGGCUAUUCAUGCGCUGUCGCGGAUUGGAAAUGAGCUUUGGCUGGACCCCAUGGUCAAAGGGCUGGCACUGAGAUCAGUCAAUGCUGCUCAUUCGGCUUAUGGCUGCUUCCUGUUCUCACCCAUGUUCUUCAAGCAGUACAGCUUGGAGUCAGGAUCAAAGCAGGGCAGCAAAGCAAUCAAAUGCAAACUGGUUAUGAAGUCGGUGCUGCCACUGUUUCGGUGUCUGACCUCCAUUGAACGCAGUGUGGAACGAUGUCACAUAUCAGUCAGCACUGCCACCGACCGAGUGAUAAUCCAGUUUUUCUGCAGACAUGGUAUCAUUAAAACCCACAACAUACAUUUCCAGGAAAGUGAGGCUCUGCAGGCUGUGUUUGACUCACAUCUCUGUCCCAAUGUGCUGAAGGCUCCUGCCAGGCUUCUUGCGGACAUGGUGGUGCACUUUCCCCUGUUUCAGGAAGAAAUCACCCUGUCCAUCUCUCCACUGAAAGUCACUGUCAGAAAUUACCAGCAGGGCGGAAAAGGUCCAAUGAAGACGACGUACACAGAGAUGUCCUUACACCCAAACGAGUUUGACUACUUCCAGAUCGGGCUGGACUCUGACAUAACGUUCUGUCUGAAGGAGCUGAGGGGGAUACUGUCCUUUGCGGAGUCUCGCAGCCUUCCAGUGUCGGUUUACCUCGAUGCAGCAGGAAAGCCUGUGUGCUUCUCUGUGGAGGACGUGGUCCUUGAGGCCACUGUGCUGCUGGCAACUGUGACGGACUCUGACAGCAGGGACCAUUCUCAACCAACCGAAUCCCUGACCCCAAAAAUAUCCAGGUGCGUAAGCUCCCCAGCUCAACCUGUGGCCGUGUCUCAGGGACCAGGCAGCAGGAGUUGCACCGUUCCUGAUGAGCUGAUUCCAUCCAGCCAGCGCAGCCCUGUAAUCAGCUGUCCCGGUGCAACGCGCCUCCCUGAGAUCAGGGAGUCGACCUGCCUCAGUGUAGACAGCCAGGAACGGACCAGCUCCGCCUCAAGCCCUGCAUCCACUAAGGUCUGUUCCCUGCUGUUCAACGCCUUGUCCGCUCAGCAAGACGAAGAUGGUUGUGCUGCCCAGCUGCCUGUCCUGGCAUGUUACAGCGAUGAGGAAGACACUGACGACAACCACCCGAGAAGCCCUUCACUUUGAGAGAUUACACAAGUCAUUCUUCUGAACUUGUGAUUUCUGUUCGAAACAAGGCAAUGUUUUCACAGAAUCAGAAUGCUAGACUGAGUAUUAAUCUAAGAUAUUUAAGAUAUUUAGUGUUAUAUUAACAGUUUCUACUAAGCUUCUUUUCUGGUACCUGAUGUCGUCGGCAUGGCAGCUGCUCUUAGUUUUGUCUGUGAAAACAUGCCAACAUGAAGCUGCCACACAUUGAAAAACCAGCCACCUGUGGACUGUUGGGAGGAUGCGUGUUGUACAAAAUGUUUCCUGAAUUUGAUGUUAUCCUGUUGAGCCACAGCAUCAGCCAGCAGGUUUACAAAAAAUAAAUACCAGUAAACAAACAACUUUUGUAAACAGAAUGCAGUC